AUGGCCUCCACCCCGGAAUACGCCUCUUUCUUCGCCGUCAUGGGCGCCUCCUCGGCCAUGAUCUUCAGCGCCUUGGGAGCUGCGUACGGCACAGCGAAGAGCGGGACCGGCAUCGCAGCCAUGUCGGUCAUGCGGCCAGAGCUGAUCAUGAAGUCCAUCAUCCCGGUGGUCAUGGCGGGCAUCAUAGCGAUCUACGGCCUGGUAGUGGCGGUCCUCAUCGCCACCUCCCUCUCCAUCAACAUCUCGCUAUACAAGAGCUUCCUCCAGCUUGGCGCCGGCCUGAGUGUGGGCCUGAGCGGUCUGGCUGCCGGCUUUGCCAUCGGCAUCGUGGGCGACGCUGGCGUGCGGGGGACGGCGCAGCAGCCCCGGUUAUUUGUGGGCAUGAUCCUGAUCCUGAUCUUCGCUGAAGUGUUGGGUCUCUACGGCCUCAUUGUGGCCCUCAUCCUCUCCACAAAGUCAAAUUAA